UUGCAAAGACUGAUUUUGAGCUCAAAACUCAAGAUUACAAAAUCUCACUUGUUACUUACUGUCCAUAAUUUAUUACACUGUUUGUAUCAAAUUGGUCCCUCCCAAGAAGGUAAGUAAAUAGCCACUAUUUAUGAAAGGAAAUAUCAUAAAAAAGAACAAGAGGCCAGAAAAAGAAAGAGAAAAAAAUAAAGGGGGGCCAAAAAAAAACUUUCAAACUUCAUUCAAAUUCUGCCAUUAAAAGGGGCAUCUGAACAACCCAAUUAACUCAACCAAGUCAAGAAGAAGAAUAAGAACAAGAACAAGAACCAGAAAAAAAAAAAAAAAAAAAUCUCAAACUCUCAAUCUUUACUCAUAUGGAUAUUGAGAAAAUUUUCCAUAUGAAUGGUGGAAUUGGCAACAAUAGCUAUGCCAAAAACUCCAAUCUUCAGGCUAAAACACAUGAAUGUAACAGAAGAUAGCUUCAGAUAUGGUAAAGCACAUAACAAUGGAAGCUAUAGAGCAAGUUUACCUUUCCACCGGUGCUCCGGCGAGCUUCGGAAUCGCCGAUCUGGGUUGCUCCUCUGGUCCAAAUUCCUUAUCAAUCAUCAAAGAAAUAAUCCAAGCCGUCCGAUCGCUUAGCUCCGGCCAUAUCCAGCCGCCACUGGAGUUCCGAGUCUAUUUAAAUGACCUUCCGACCAAUGAUUUCAACUCUAUCUUCAAAACCCUCCCUGAUUUCUGCAGAGAGCUUCAAAACGAAGGAAAAAAUCAAAAUCCAUCAGGGUUUUUCAUUGGGGCAUAUCCAGGCUCCUUUUACCAGAGACUUUUCCCUAAUAAUUCCUUGCACUUCGUCUAUUCCUCUUACAGCCUUCACUGGCUUUCUAGGGUUCCUGAGGGGGUUCGAGAUGAAUUGGGGAAACCAGUGAACAGAGGGACGAUUUAUAUAUCGGAGAAAAGUCCGAUGUCGAUAGCGGAGGCUUAUGUGAAGCAAUUCCGGCGAGAUUUUUGGGAGUUUCUGAGGAAGAGGGCGGAGGAGGUGGUUUCCGGUGGCAGGAUGGUGCUGAUUCUGCUCGGAAGAGACGGCGCUGAUCAUGUCGAUAGGGGAAAUUCCUUCAUGUGGCACCUUCUUGCACGAGCCUUCGCCAUUUUGGUCUCUCAGGGAGAAAUAAAGGAGGAAAAGGUAGAUAGCUAUGAUGUGAAUUUCUAUGCACCAAACAAAGAGGAAAUAGAAGAGGAAGUGAAAAGAGAAGGGUCAUUUGUGUUGGAGAGAAUAGAGAAGUUUGAGUUAGAGAAGAAGGUGAAAAAUGGAGAGAGCUAUGGAAAAGAAGUUGCCAAGGCAGUUAGAGCCAUUCAAGAAUCUAUGAUUUCUCACCAUUUUGGUGAUGAAAUUUUGGACUCCUUGUUUCAGAAUUAUGGAACCAUUUUGGAUGAAGAAAUGGCCAAACAAGAAAUCAAACCCAUUUCUUUUGUUAUUGUUCUUACAAAGUUGUGAAACAACCCCCCCAAAAUUCUUAUCCCACAUUUUUCUUACAAACCUGCAUCAUUCCCACCAUUAUUAUCUCUCAAAUGUUAUUAUCAAUUAUCAAUUUGGUUUUCCAUUCAAACCUCAAGUUCAUUA